UGAUAUUGCAGAAAUAAAAAGACAUUAAUGAUAUUAAAAUAAUGCAUACUAUGUUAAGUGAAAAAAAGUCCUUGAAAUUGUCUUCAAACUUUAACUUGCCGCUGACAACAUCAGAGCAAUUACAAGAAUUAGAAAACAAAAUUGAAAAUGCUGCCGACCUACAAGAUUUGAUAAACGUCCUCUCACAUGUAGGUGGAGAUACCAUAAAGAAGAACGUUCAUUUUAUCAUGAAGAAACUGAUGGACGGAGAGCUAAGCUUGCAUUACUCAGCAAAAGGAAAAAAACAGAAAAAAGAUUUUUCCAAGCUGUCUGUGUAUAAUGCUGUCUUAGGUAUGUUAACCUAAUGGUGCUAUAAGUAAUUUUAGUAACAACAACGAAUGUUAACUCGCUGUUAGACCGCUAUAUUAAUAAAUUACCUUGUCUGUUUUUAGAAGCUGUUAGUCAACUUUUUUGGACGCCACGGACUUGGAGAUUACACGUUAUAUUGGCGUUUCCUUGGCAACAGCUGGAGACCGAGAUGGUGGAAGACAACUUAGAGGUUUGUAACUGCCUUUGUAAAUGUUAUAGGUAAUAUAUGUGUGUCACGUAGUCAUUUUUAUUUUAGCUGAAAAACCAAACCAAGGUGUGCCUGAAGUAUAAGAAAUAUUGAAUAUAUAAGAAAUAUUGUAGAUUUUAAUACAGUUUAGUAAACCUCAUAUAUUUUGUUUUAUUUUUAUCCUGCAAUAAUA